ACAGCGCGCCGCGACGUUGUAAGCACGGAGUCUAAGCGCGGCGCGUGGAUUUGAGGCUAUUUUUUUUUCACCUUCUACUUUUGUCGUCUGCUGAUAUUAUUAUUAUUAUUAUUAUAUUUGAUUUUUUUUUUUUUACAAAGUAGUGAUUUAUUUUCUUGAAAAUGGGGGUAGGGGACUUAAGUAUUCACGAUGUGCUUGGCUGUCGCAAGUAACUGCUGUGGAUAUAUGCAUUACUUUCUUAGUGCAAUAUUGAAUUAGCGACUUGUGCUCGGAUAGUCUAGCAAGUGUGUAUCUGUGUGUUUCUUCUGUUUACUGUCACUAGCGGUGUGUGUAGCCGUGACACGCAGGAUUUCUACUCUCUUCUCUGACGUGUUGUGAUAUUAUAAUUUAGGAAAUAGAUUUACGUCUAAAUGGCUUGUAAGUAGCUCUAAUGCGUGUUUAUUUAUGGGACUGUUCAGACACAUCGGCGAAAGAAAGAAGGACGCAGUUUCAAAGGAAACAGAUCUAUCGUUUUUUUUUUAAUUCUUACGAACAGUGCUGUGUAGAGAGUUUCGCCAUUACAUGCGUGCUGUAGGCUAUAUUAUUUUACAAUGUUUUCCCCCCCGUGCGGCUUGUGUUUGAUUCGUGAUAGAUCUAGUUGUUGAAUGCACAGAUGUUCCCACCGCUAACAGCCGCUAACAAUAAACGCGGUGUGGCGUUAUAAUCGCGAGUGACCCGUGGCGAGCGAGCCCGCAGUAGGUGCUAGUUGUAUAAGCCGGGCUGCUGGCCGUACACAUUUAUUGAUUACGUGAUAAGUUUUAUUUUCUUUUCGUGUUCUUGUGAACGGUGUAUUAAAGUGCCUACCUCAACUAGGUGUGGGAAGCGGGGUGCUGCUGUACAGUGUUCAGCUGCUGCAGCCGGUGUUGGUAUUGUUCUUAGGCGCAGGGGAGUGCAGGAUAGCCGUGCGGGCCGCCCUUAUAAAAAGGACUUUCCUCAUUUGCUUUGAUAGUCUUUCAAGCUGGAUACCAACCGAGACAAGGCUGCAAGCAGUGAUAGCGCAAGUCCGUCGUCGCAGAGGGUUCCCACCUGUGCGAGUGGGGGAGGUAGCAGUGCAGUCCCAGCGAGCAGCAGCGUUGUGCUUCCCUGCCCUCCCGCUCGCCUCACCUGGCAAGGGACACCAUUCCAGAAUAAUCCUCCCUUCCCGGUCAAUGCUGUCCGACCCGGAAGCGCUUCUUGGAGCCCGAGAAGUCCCUCGAAACGAGGGGCCUGCUAUGCUGUGAGCAGGAUGAGUGGCGCAGGCGGACCCGGCAACCACCAUCUGCCUUCCGGUGACGGAGGUGGUGAAAGUCUUGACGAAGACACCCGGCGUGAGUACGAGGCCAUGGAGAGAUGGCUGGACGAUCAUCCCGCAUUCCUCCACGCCUACUUCGCACGCAAAGGCCGCGAGAGUUUGGUGAACGCUUGGCUCAUCUCCCACGCUCUAUCCGGGGUGGAUAACCUCAGCACCCCUAGCGCCGAGAGCACCUCAGGGACGAGCUCCGGGGCCAACACUCCCGUGAGGAAGAUCUCGGCCCAAGAGUUCGAGAGAGGAGGCAUAUUAAAUCCUAUGGUCAACACGGUGGACGGAUUGCAAACCUUCAUCGGGACGGCCUCGACCUCAUCGACGCCAACGCAGCCCAGAAGCAGAAGACGCUCUAAAAGCGAGCUCAUGUCCCUGGACGAGAAGCAGCUGAUGCACGAGCUGGUGAUGGACAUCUGCAACGACUUGGACGUCACGAGUCUAUGCUUCAAGAUCCUUCAGAAUAUGUGCAUCCUGCUGAAUGCCGACAGGUGUUCCUUGUUCUUAGUGAAAGGAACCUCGGAGAAAAAAUACUUGGUUUCAACCUUGUUUGACGUCACCUGUGACUCGGAGUUCGAGUCCGUUUCCACAAAGGCAGAGGAAAUACAAAUACCUUUUGGCAAAGGAAUAUCCGGAUAUGUUGCUGAGAAUGGACUAAUGGUGAAUAUAGCAAACGCCUACGAGGACCCUCGCUUCAGUGAUGAGAUAGACAAGAGAAUGGGCUACAAGACCAGGAGUAUCCUUAGCAUGCCCAUCAAGGACAGCGAGGGAGAGGUCAUAGGCGUUGCCCAGGCUAUCAAUAAAAUCAGUGCCAAGGACGAACCGUUCGAUGAGCAUGAUGAAAAGGUGUUUGGAACUUACCUGGCUUUUUGUGGAAUAGGUUUAAAAAAUGCCCAACUGUAUGAGAAAUCUUUAUUGGAAAAUUUUAGAAAUCAGGUCUUGCUUGAGCUUGCUCGUUCGAUCUUUGAAGAGCAGAGGAACGUAGCCAGCCUGAUCCGGAAGAUCAUGUCCAAUACUCGACACCUGCUGCGAUGUGAUAGGUGCCAGGUUUUAUUAGUGGAAGAUGACACUAAGGAAUUCCCCUCGCAGGUCUAUGAUUUUGAUGGCACUGACAUAGACAACGAAGACCCUAUGACCAGAGAACGCACUCACGCGCCACGUUUCCCAACCAACCCUGGCAUCACGGGAUAUGUUGCAAGUACAGGGGAGGCAUUGAAUAUACCUGACGCCUAUCAGGACAACAGAUUUGACCAAGAGGUUGAUAAAGGAACAGAUUUUAAAACCCAUGCUAUUCUGUGUAUGCCCAUCAAGGAUGUGAAGCGCAAGGUCAUUGGAGUUAUCCAGCUAGUCAAUAAACAAGAUGGAACAGCAUUUAAUAAGAAUGACGAGAAUCUCAUUGAGGCUUUUGCCAUAUUCUGUGGCAUGGGUAUUCAUAACACCCAGAUGUUUGAGCAGGCAGUACGGGCUGUAGCCAGACAGAAAAUUGCUCUAGAAGUCAUGUCUUACCAUGCCAUUGCAUCAGAGGAAGAUGCUAUAGAACUAAAGAAAACUAUCAUUCCUAGUGUUGAAAGCCUCAAGAUACUGGACUUUGGAUUUAGUGAUUUUAAAAUUAAUGAUGACACUACUAUAAAAGCCACAGUUCGAAUGUUCCUAGACUUGGAUUUGUUGCAAAGUUUUCAAAUUGAUUAUCUAGUAUUUUGUCGCUGGAUACUGAGUGUGAAGAAAAAUUAUAGGAAUGUUAUAUAUCACAAUUGGAGGCAUGCCUUCAAUGUGACGCAGACAAUGUUUUGUAUGUUGGAGGCAGGUGAGAUGAAAAACAUACUUACCACUGUGGAGAGACUUGCCUUAAUGGUAGGGUGCCUUUGUCAUGAUCUAGAUCAUAGAGGAACCAAUAAUCAAUUUCAGAAAAAGACCAUGAGCCCUUUAGCUGAGCUGUACAGUACCUCAACAAUGGAACAUCAUCAUUUUGACCAAUGCAUUAUGAUCUUAACUACCAAGGGUAGUGACAUUUUUAGAAAUUUAAGUCAAGAAACCUACAGUCAGGUGAUAAAUCUUCUGAAAAGUGCCAUCCUAGCCACUGAUCUAGCUUUAUAUUUUAGUUAUAGGCCUAAAUUUGAAGCCUUGAUUGCAACAAAUAAUUCAGACUGGAGUAAUGAGGAUCACAGAAAUCUAUUACGAUCAAUGAUGAUGACUGCUAGUGAUGUUGCAGCCAUCACCAAACCCUGGGAAGACCAAAAGAAGAUUGCUGCCCUGGUUGCCAGUGAGUUCUUUGAACAGGGAGACAUUGAAAAAAAGACUUUAAAUUUGACACCUAUUCCUAUGAUGGAUAGAGCACAAUCAGAUAAGUUGCCAGAUUUACAAGUUGGUUUCAUUGAUGAUAUCUGUAUGCCAGUCUAUAAAGCCAUCAGCAAGGUGUCCCCCAAACUGAAUCCCUUGUUGGAAGGCUGUCAGCAAAACCGAAACAAUUGGUACAUGCAGUCCAAAGCUGUAAGGAAACGUUUAGAUGAGAGAAAAAAAGAAAAUGUUGAUAAAGACAAAUAUGAGUAUAACGAAAAAAAUGAGCAUGAGAGUAGAGAGAAAUCCUGUGAUGAUGGGGGGAAAGAAAAAAAUGAAGAUGAGGAUAUGGAGCUGGAAGAAGACGAGGACACGGUGGUGGAAAACUUUAGCGUGAACGAAAGUUCAGAGAAAGUUAAGGGAAACGCUGAUUCAACGUCCAAAACUCUAAGCAUUAACUUUGAUGCUCGGAAAUAUUUGAGUGACAAAGCUGGGGACUGCAUGGUGAGAAGAGAGGAGGACAGGAUCUCUCAGGAAGACAGAGCUCUCUUGUUAAUGAGAGAGGAUUCUCAGCACAAGAGAUCCAAUUCAGACAAAUGGAAGCACAAAGAGAGUGAGCACCAUUUUAAACAGGAAAGUGGGAAGUUCUGGCCCAGGGGUGCUAAAGGUUCCAGUAAAGCCAGCUCUAGCAAAAGAAGAAUGUUUUCCUGUCGAGAGAGGCCUCACAGCAGAGAGGAUGAUAAGUCAAGUACAUCUUGACAAUUACUUCCCCGAGGUUGCCAAGUCCUAUAGCGUUAUAUUUAAAUUGAAGGAAUCCAAAUAUAGCAACUUUGAUUCAAUUUUUAGAUUAGUUAGUGAAACAAAUAGUAGGAUUAUAAGAAUAUAUUCAACCUUUCAGCAUUAUGAACUUGUAGAAUAACUUUUUAUUAUAUAGAUAUCAUUGAGUUUCAUUUAGUUUUAAUAUUUAAUCCAGUAAUCUAGCUAUGACAAUAGUUGCACACUAUAGCAGCUGAAACACAUAUUUUGUUUCAAAAUUUAUAUUUGACAAUGAUGCAUGUUUUUAGUUCUUACAUGUUGAAAUAUAGUUUGUAAAGUACACAUGCUCAAACAAAUGUAUAACAUUAUUUAUUUGUUUCAAUAUUAGUUUUUAAUCAUUUGUGCACAUGAGCAGGCUUUCUCUAGGUCACUAGGAGUCCUCCACUUAAACUUAAGAAUGUAGACCAAAAAUUUUUCACAUCCUAGUUCUAAAUUUAAUAUAUUCUGCGUAUAGUUGAAUUUGAUCUUGUACGGCUAAAAAUAAAAGUUCUGCCAUUUAAUCUUAGUAACAAAAGGGACAAGUGUCCCAACUAUUGUAUAACUUUUCUAUGAGGAGCUUUGUAAUGAAAGAUACUUUCAGGGGAAUUAACAGAAAAUGAAUACUUUCAAUGUCUAGAAUCAACUUUGGAAAAAAAGAUAAAGAUCAGCUGGUGCUUGAGUGUUGAAGUUCUGGCUAUAAAAAGGAGGAAAUUCAGAGCUAAAAUGUGCAUUGACCAAAGGUGAUCCUCCUUUCAAGGUCAACAUUGGACUUUAAAACUAAAAAAGGGAUUGAAUACAUCUACAUAGUGAUGAAAUAACUUUACAUUGAUCAACAAACCAUCAGACAAAGCAUUAGGAUAUGUAAUUGUCACGGCCUAGUUCUCGUUGAUACAUGACAGUAAUCACUUCAAAAGAAAUCAAAUUUGAAAUCAAAGUGAAUAAAUUUUGAAAAUAGCCAAGAGACUGAUAAAUGAUAAACCUAUUACUAUAAUUUUGCCCACACCUUAGAAAGUCAAUAUUACCAGAUGAGUUAAGAGUUAAGAUCCUAUUCUGAUCCCUGGGUGUUUAUAAAUGGUAAGAUUCUAGCAAGUGGAAUUACUUAUCACACAGCCAGCACUCUAAAGGCAUGUCAAGUUAUUGGACAGUGACUGUUACAAAGUUUCAAAUUUUGUAAAAACAUUAGAUGUCACCAGUUGCUCAUAGUAUCAGCUAGAGCAACUUUAAAAUGAUUGCAUAUGUUAUACCUGGUUUAUUGAAUAUUAUAAGCUUACACUAUUGAAGAAAAAUAUUUCUAAAGAGAGCCAUCAAUAUGUAGUUACACAAACUUUGAACGAGAAAUAAGUCUGUGUAUUUAAUUCAUUCAUGACAAUGUAUUUUUAAUCACAUUAGGACCAGUCUUUCUACUACCCAGGCUGUUUUGUUGUUUGUUCUUUUUUUGGUCAUGUGAGUUAACAUUGCUUUGCACAUUUUUUUUUCACAGAAACCUGAAGAUAGUAAAUUAUUUUAUUUCUUUUUUUUUCUAUGUUCUUUGUUAUGAAUUACUCAGCAUGAAGCAAAUUUAAAUAUUAACAUUGACCUUGUUAAUUUGAUAUUAUAAAAAAUAAUUUAUAGAUUUCAUUUUCUGACUUAUGGAAACUCUGAUGGUUUUUCAAAUUUGAGUCAAUGACAAAUUCAAAUUCUGCAAGAAAAGUUUUAAUAGUAAACAUUAUACCAUUUUUAUUUAGAUGCUUAGAAACAUUUAAAUUUAAUCAUUUUUUUUAUUUUCACAAUUAGAUAUCAAAUAUUCAAAUUCUUCAAGCUAAAAAAAAAAAAGGUUGACAUGAGAUUUUGAUUUAAGCUAAUGCUAUAUGUUACUCCCCUCUGUAAUAUUGAAAACUGAAAGCAGAUAUAGAUGCUAAAUCUAGGCCUACAAACUGAUGUGAUGUGAAACAAUACUAAGAAAACAGCUCUAAUCAAUAAUUAAAAGUCAAAGGAAGAUGUCCACUUGUGACUUGUAGCUUUGCGCAUGUCUAGUUCUAAAUUGUAUCAUUCCCUAGUUAAUUUCAGGAUUAUUUUGUAAAUCUAGGAUCUAGUAUUUAUUUUUUUAAAACAAUGUCUAUUUGGUCCAGAUUUGCUUUAAAUUCACAUUACUUAUUGGACUAGAUUUGUAAAUUGUAAUCACUGGCUCUGACGGAACAUAGAAACUUGGUGGAAAUCUGAGUUUUUGAUGCACAUAAAAAUUGCAUCACAAAAAAACAAAUUAGUUAUAUUGAAAAUAUUAUAAAAUAGAGAAUAUAUAUAUAUACAUUAUCUUUAAAUUAUAACACACAUCAAAAUUUAUUAAAACAAUCCUAGUUUCCCUUUAAGCAUCCUAGUUUCCCUUUAAGCAUAUAUAUCUAUAUAUAUAUAUAUAUAUAUAUAUAAAGUAUUAAUUUUGAAAAGUUUUCAUGGUUCACGUAUUCACUGUGUAACACUUUUAUAUUAAAUAAUUUACAGGUUUAUUAAAAUUUUUCAUCAGUGUUAAAAUAUGUAACAAUUUAAUGAAAAGUUUGCUAACAUUGUUUAUUGUAUUUGUUUGUUCCAUUGAGUUUCUAACCUAUAAAUUUUUAUUUUUUUUUCUAAAUUUUGAUCCUGCUCUCCACCUUCCUAGUUUAAUGUUAGAAAAAAAAAUGUAAUAAAUUUACAGAUAUUUGAAAUUAUUUGUGUUAAGGUAAGAUAUUUCGUACUAUAAAACAUACUUUUUUUUUAAAUUUAUUCAUAUAUAUUUUAGCUAUUUUAAUUUAGUGAUGACUUGCUAAUUAUCUCUAUUGUAAAUACUGGGUAAUUAAAAAGGCAUUCUUCUAACAUUAUCUGGCUGAAUGCUGAAAAUGUUAAAGAUCCCUAUUUGAUGAUGGCUCACAUCCUGAUGUUGAAGUUGACUAAACUGAGUUGAUAUAAAAGCAAGAGAAAGUGAAGCAAAGCCUUGAGAGGUUUUUGAUGGAUUUCAAAUGUACCAUCUCAACUUACUUUAAGGAAAAUUCCAAAUCAAGUCUGCAUGUUUACUUGAUUCUUCUAGAUUUCUUAAGAUCCAAUUCCUCGACCUUAUUGAAUUUUGCAUAGCUUUGAACCUAAUCAAUUAAUUUUAUGUUUGUUUUAGAAAGAAGAUUUAGCAACUUUCUCUCAUUCUGUGGGCCAUAAUCAAAUUUGAAUAACUUAAAGGUUUUUAAUCUUAGUUAAGUACUUUAAUGAAGUAUUAUAUAUAUAUAGGUACACCAAAGUCUAGAUUAAAUACAAUGUUUUGGUUUCUGAGUCAUAGAAGGCAAUCUUGGGGACAGCUUGAUAUAUUUUGUACAUAUUUAAGGGUGUUUGAUAUUUGAUACAAAUGCCUUUGUCCAUGUCUACUAUUCAAAUACACAUCCAAAUGCUGUAUUGACAUUUUGUGUACAGUUUAUAUUUAACACUUUUAUUUAUUGAUAUUUUUUUUUAAUUGAACUAAUUCUGACAUUGUUUAUAACAUGUUUCGUGGCUUUAGGUCCAUUAGGAGCAUUCUGGGAAUUGUGAAUGAUUUAAUUCUUGGCAGAUUGUUUAAUUAAAUAUAAAAUGAGUUUAUUGAGAUGUUGUUAUGCCAUAGACAUAUCUUGUACAGACACUGGUAUGCUGCUGCUUUCUAGCUAUGAACAAACUUUUGAUAUUAAUUGCUGACAUUUGUCUCAGCCAGCGAUCAUUUAAAAUUGAAAAAUACUUAUAUUUUUAAGUUAUGCAUUAAAAUGAAUUACUCCAAGAUCAUCUAUAGUUAAAUAUUGAUAUAUUCAACAAAAUUAUUAUAAACACAUAUUUAUUUGAAAAAAGAAUAUCUUCAGUCCCAGUCUUAGUGUUAAAUUGGCAGAUUUGGUGUUAAAUUUGGCAGAAUUUAUGUUAAAUUUGGCAGAUUUUGUGUUAAAUUUGGCAGAAUUUGAAGUACCAAUGUAUGUAUUUCAGUCCUGUCCACAUGCUCAAACUUAAAUAUUUUUUGUUUUAAAUUAUUUACCAUUUAUUACUAAUCUUUGGCAUUUUGUUAGUUAAGCAAUUGUUUUUGUUAAUCCAGGCAUAUUUAAUGUAUUCUUAUAUUUGUCUUUCUUUUCUUUGCUAAAGGAGAACCACUCCCACUAGUGUACCCAAAAAGAUUGUUGACCAAAUAAUCUGAUUCUAUGUAAGAAGAAAAUGUUACUCCACUGAAUUAUUGUGGAAAGUGUUUCUCUAACCACAUUGACAUUGCCAACUUUUGUGUGAGUGAAAUGUUGGCCGAACUCAGGCUGAAAGACAAAAUGACUAGUCCAAUGAUAAGGGAUUUGAAUUAAUUGGAUGUUACCCACAUGCUUGUGAUGGCUGGAAAUCUGGUUGUAAAAAUUUCUAAGAAAGAAGGACAGUGUGAAUGUUUUUUGGCUUUUUUUUUUUCUCAUUUCAAGUUAAUUGCUUUGUAGUUUAUAAUUAACAAAUUUAUUUACGUUUUUACCAUGACAAAACAAUUUGUUGUACCCAGUAUGGAUCUAUUUAACUUCUUUUCAAUUUUCAUUUUCAAUUUUGCACUGUGUCAGUUGAAUAUUGGAUGUUGGCCUGUAAUGUAAUUGACCCUGAAAGCUACUUUUCAAUAAUUCAACCAUGCUAAGCUCUAUUUCAAACUGUAUAUACAUUCACAUCUGCUAUUUAUUAAGUCCACAUCAUUUUUCUCUGUGAUAUUUCUACUACCUUUAAUGUGAUCCAGUCUGAAUGUUCGCUAUAACUGUGAACUUUUGACCUCAGCACGACCUGUCUAAGGUAGUGCUACCCUGAAUGUUGUGACACCGUUCCCCACCCCCUCUCCCAUUGCUUAUCCUCCGAUGCAUACCAAGCAUAUGUUGAAAACUAGUCUACAGAUGCAAUGUACAUACAUACCUGAAAGUAAAAAAAAAUUUGCAGUUGUCCAGCAGGUCAUCAACUUACUCUACCUUAGUUAGUUUGAGAGCAGAAAUAAGAUACCUUGAAAAUCAACCUUUUCACUUGUAGCUUUAAUAUUGGAUUGUUUCAUUUAAAAUAAGGUCUUACGUAUUUUUUUUUUCUUAAUAUUUCAAUGACAGAACCAUUGUACAGAAAGGAAGACUGAUUCAUAUUUGAAUUGUUCCCAAUGUCAUGAGUUCCAAGUUUUUGGACACAAAAUGUUUUCUUGGUUUAAAAUGUUUACUUUAUUUUUGUUUUCAAGUCACUUCAGGACUUGUCUGCACAUUGAUUUAUUAUUUAAAGCAUUACCUCAUUUUGCUUGAAGCACUUUUUCAAAAUAAAUAGUUCUAUUUAACAAUGA